AAGCGUUAUUAUUAUAAAAGUCAGAUUGCAGCCACUCUAAAAUAAAGUUAUUAAAAGUAUUGGUUAACAAACAUUUAAUUUUAUAGAAUAAAAAUGGCUGAAAAUGAAUUGUCACUAAUCAAUAAGGUGGAAUUACGUAUAGCAUUAGCCGAAAAUGAUAAGCAAUUUGAAAGUUCACUUCAAUUAUAUCUUGCCCCAUUAUUAUUAAAAUUAGCUAGUCCUCAUGGACAAGUUCGAAGUUCUAUUCUUAAAAUUAUUCAACAACUUUUACCUCGAAUAGCUGCAGCAAGAACUAUUAAAUUACCUUUAGUAGCCUUAUUAAAUCAAGUUAAAACUCCUAAUAUUUCUCCAGGUUCAGAUGCUACAUCAUUAAGAUUAUUUUCAUUAAUAUUUGUUUCACGAGGAAUUGAAAGAUUAUCUGAUUUAGAAAAGAAAGAUUUAAUUCCAAUUGUAAUUGAAGGUAUAUCUAAAUUUCCUGGUAAUGUUUCUGCAAGAUUAUUUAAUGUAUUAUGUAAAUUACUUGAAAAUUGGAAAUCUCCAAGUUUAGAUACUGAAGAUUAUAAUAAUAUGUCUAGAUUUUUACAUUUUAUUGAUAAUCCAAAUGAUGAAAAUUAUUUAUCUCAACUUAUAAGUAAAUUCUUUUUAUUACAAGCUACUCCAAAUGGUUCAAUUGUUUUACCAGGUUUAAGUAUUUCUGAUAAUGAAUUCUUUAACAAAGAUGCUGGAAUACAAUAUAAGACCAAUAAUGAAAUCUUUCAAAUUAAAUUAAGAUUAUUAGAAUUCUUAAAGGCAGGAUUUAAAGAUGAAAAUUUAGUUAUACCAUAUUUAAUUGCAUCAGUUGAUUCAUCAUCAAUAAUUAAUGAUUCUGCAGAAGUUUUACUUAAAAAAUUGACUAUAAAUUAUGAAGAUGAACGAUUAAUUAAUAAUCUAGUUGAUUUAUUUUUAGGUGAUCAAACUAGACCACCAGUUUCUGCAACCGUACAAGAGAAAAUUAUGCAAAAUUUAUUGAAGAGUAAAUUAGUUACCACCAUUCCACGAGUGGCUGAAAUUAGUAGUAUUGGAUUAACAUCAGAAUAUUCUCGAUUAAAGCAAUCAACAGUUCAAUUUAUUAAAUGGGUUAGUAGUAAUGAUAGUGAAUUUUCAGAAAGUCAAGCCAAAACUUUACGAGAAUUUAAUCUGAAUAUGGCAAGUCAAUUAAGAAAUAAUUUAAUUACUGAAGGAUGGCCUCAAUUAGAUUCAUCCCAAAUUAAAAAUUAUUCAACAAGUAUUUCUCAAAGACAAUUACAAUAUGAAACUCUUGGAAAUAUUCUUCGGUCAAGUCCCGAAUUAAUCUUGGAUGAUAUAUCAUAUAUUGAAUUUCUUUUCCAAUCAUUAGAAGGUGAAUUACCUGAUUUAAGAGCUACUAUACAAGAUGCAUUAUCUAGUUUAACUGUACUUUUACCUCAAUUAUCAAGUCAAUCAAAACAAAAUCUUAAGAUUCUUGUUAAACGAUAUUUAUCACAAAUGAGUAGUGAUAAUUCAGAAAAUUGGCAUUCUUGUCGUUAUGUAGCUAUUAAAUAUAUUAAUAGUUCAUUCCCAUUUGAAGAUUCUCAAGCUCGAUAUUUAUGUAUCUUAGGAACUGCCAAAGAAAAUCGUUCAGAUACAAUUGAAGAAGCUAUUAAAGGUUUACAUCCUCAUUGGUUUAAUAUCUUACAAUCAUCUAAUACAUUAGAAUUUAAAUCAACUCGAGAUUUAUUAGGAGAAAAUUCUAAAGUUGUAUUUCCAACCUUUGAACAAUUUAUUUCUGUAUUACAAAAUGAAUUAACUGAAGCAAAUGGUACCAAUAAUACAAUUUAUCAAUCACUUGCCAAGGGGAUUAAAUUUGGUUUACAAAUCUUAGUUAUGCAAGCCAUUUCCAAUUCCAAUUCAAAUUCAAAUACGGUAGUAGUUACUGAUGAAGAUUGGGAAAUAAGAUUAGAUAAAGCCUUAGAAGUUGAUAAGACUGUUCAACAACUUUUAGUUGAGGAAAUUAAACAUAUUGCUGAAUCAGAUAUUAAUAUGACUGAUAAUCAAGAAAAUAAUAUAUUUAAUCAAUAUUUAUCCAUAAUAUUUAAUACAUUAAUUGGACAAUAUUUUGAUACAGCCAGAAUAUCCUUAGAUAUAACUUAUGUGGAAAUAUUUACAAAAUUAAUUACAUUCUCACCUCCCAGAGUAAUUGAACAAUUAAUUCCAUUAAUUGAUAAAAUUAUUGAAUUAAUUAAUAAACAAGUUUUAAAUGAUAAAUCAUUAUCUUUAGUAUGUAAUUCCUUGGGAAUUAUUUCUAGUCAUCCAUAUAUUUCUCGAGAUUAUUUACUUCGAUUAUUUAAUCAAUUAACUAUAAAUGAUAUCCCAUCUUAUAUGGUAAAGAAUAGAUUAUUAACUAUUAGUUAUCUUAUAUCAAGACUUUAUUUAAGAAAAAGAAUUGAUAUUAUUGAUACUAGUGAAUUAAUUAAAUUUUGUGAUAUUCUAUUAAAUCAUCUAAAGAAUGUUGAUUCAUCAUUAUAUUAUACAGUAUUAGAAUGUAUUAAUCAAUUAGCUAUUUUUGGAGUUCUAGGACCCGUCGUUAAUCAAGAAUUAAAUUCAUUUGUUUUACAAUUUAUUGAAUCAAUUAAACUUAAAGUUAAGAAAUGUGAUGAACAAUCGGUAAUUACAUUAUCUUAUUUAACUUUAGCACUUGGUAAAUCAACUUCAACUAGUGAAGAAAUUAAUCAAUAUGAACAAAUGAUUUAUGAUACUCAUAUAUCUAAACAAGUUGAAUAUACUUUUACAAGUGGUGAAGCAUUUCUGGUUAUGGGAUGUGGAUGGCAAUCAACAUAUUUAGUAAAAUAUCUUGAUAUUCAAGGUGAAGAUAUAAUUUAUAUUCCAAAUGAUAUUUCUCGAUUAUCAAUUAUAUUACAAGUAGUCUUACAAGCAUGUGCAAAUACAAAACCAAGUUUAAGAAGAGCAGGAUGUAUUUGGUUAUUAUCAUUAACUCAAUAUUGUGGACAUUUAUCAAUAAUUCAACAAAAAAGUUCGGAAAUUCAUAUAUCAUUUAUGAGAUUUUUAGCUGAUAGAGAUGAAUUAAUUCAAGAAUCUGCUUCAAGAGGUUUAAGUUUAGUUUAUGAAAUGGGAGAUUAUGAUUUAAAGGAUACUUUAGUAAGAGGAUUAUUAAAAUCUUUUACUGAUUCAAGUUCAACAACAAAUUUUACUUCUGGAUCAAUUGAUAAAGAUACUGAAUUAUUUGAACCGGAAUUAUUAAAAACUAAUGAAGGAUCGGUAUCAACUUAUAAAGAUGUUUUAAAUUUAGCAUCUGAUGUUGGAGAUCCAAGUUUAGUUUAUAAAUUUAUGUCAUUAGCUAAAUCUUCAGCCUUGUGGUCUUCAAGAAAGGGGUUAGCCUUUGGAUUAGGUUCAAUAUUAUCUAAAGCUCAAUUAGAUAAGAUGUUAUCUACUAAUAAAAAUUUAUCUAAUCGAUUAAUUCCUAAAUUAUUUCGUUAUAGAUAUGAUCCAAAUACUUCAGUACAAAAAUCCAUGAAUGAUAUUUGGAAUGCAUUAAUUUCUGAUACUUCUAAAACUGUUAAAGAAAAUUUUGAUAUAAUUUUACCAGAAUUAUUGAAGGGGAUGGGGAAUAAAGAAUGGAGAGUUAGACAAGCCAGUACAGUUGGAUUAAGUGAUCUUGUACAAAUUGUUUCUAUUGAAAGUUAUGAAUAUAAAUUAGAAGAAAUUUGGAAUAUGAGUUUUAGAGUUAUGGAUGAUAUUAAAGAAAGUGUUAGAAAGGAAGGAAUUAAAUUAACUAAAAGUUUAGCGACAAUUUUAGUAAGAAUUAUUGAUCCCAAGAAUAAAUCAUCAGAUUCACCACAUGAAUCAAUUGAUAUUUUAGAAAAUUUAAUUCCAUUUUUAUUAGGUAAUAAAGGUUUAUUAAGUGAUUCUGAAGAUGUUAGAAAUUUUGCCUUAGAUACUAUACUUAAAAUUUGUAAAACUGGGGGGAAAUCAAUUAAAAUUUAUGUACCUAAAUUAAUUGAAAAUUUUAUAAAUUUAAUGUCAACAUUAGAACCAGAAGUUAUUAAUUAUUUAGUAUUAAAUGCUGAUAAAUAUAAUUUAAAAUCUAAUGAUAUUUAUGCAAAAAGAUUACAAAGUUUAGGACAUUCACCAAUGAUGGAUGCAAUUGAAAAAUUAUUAGAUGAAUUAGAUGAUUCAUUAAUGGAAGAUUUUAUUAAUAAAUUAGAAUCGGCAAUUAAACGAUCAGUUGGUUUACCAUCAAAAGUUUGUGGUUCAAGAGUAUUGGUUCAAUUAGUUAGUAAACAUUAUCAUUUAAUUAAACCAUUUGGUGAUAAAUUAUUAAAAGUUACUAUCCAACAAAUUAAAGAUAAAAAUGAUACUAUAUCUUCAUCAUAUUCAACUGCUGCAGGUUAUCUUUGUAAAAUUUCUCUGAUUUCAUCAAUUAUAAAUUAUUCAAAAUUUAUAAAUAAAUUAUAUUUUGAAAGUGAAGAUGAAAGAAGUCGAGAAAUUGCAUCAAUUGCUAGUGAAAAUGUUUCAAAAUAUUGUGGUCAUGAUAAAUUUGAAUUAAUUGCCAGUGCAUUUUUACCAUUAUCAUUUAUUGGAAAGUAUGAUAGUAAUAAAAUAGUUAAAUUAAAUUUUGAACGUGAAUGGAUUGAAAAUACUAGUGGUAGUAAUAGUUCAAUUAAAUUAUAUAUGAAUGAAAUUUUAGAAUUUUUUAAAAUUUAUGUUCAAUCGAAUAAAUUUGAAAUUAGAAAGAUUUUAGCUACUUCAAUAUCUAAUUUAAGUAAUUUAAUUGAUAAUUCAAAUCAAUUAUCUUCAGAAACAAUUAUUGAAUUAUUAAAACUUUUAUUAGAAUCUAAUAAGGGUAAAUCAUGGGAAGGUAAAGAAUUAGUUUUUGAUUCUUUAAUAUCAUUUUCAAUUACUUGUAAAGAAUUUUUAAGAAAUCCAUUGCAAUUGGAAUUAUUAAAUCAAAUUAAUCGAGUUAUAAUUGUUGAAGCAAAGAGAAGAAAUAAAACUUAUCAAAAACAUGUUAUUAAACUUGUUGGAAAAUAUAUUCAUGAAUUUAAUAAUGAUAAUUUAGAAGUUAUUGAAAUUUAUAUAACAAUUAUGGGUCAAGUAUUACUGGAUAAUUAUAGUUUAGAUGAAGAUGAAGAUGAAGAUAUGACUAGUGAUAAUGAAGAUUUAAAAUUUAAUCUUACAACUAAAGAAAAUCUUGAUCUUGAAGAAUCUAAAUUAUCAUUUAUAAAGAAUCUUGGAGAAAGUUUUUAUAUAAUUAAUGAUAAACAAUAUAAUCAUGAAUUAAUUGAAUUUAUAUUAAAUCAAUUCUACAGUAUAUUUCAUUCAAGACUUAUUACAAAUACUUGGAGAUCAAAAUUACAAGUAAUGGAAUCAUUACUGAAAAUAUUAAUUCAAUUAAAGGAUUCUCAUCCAAUAAAGGAAAUUGAUAAUAUCUUUAAGAAUUGGAUUCAAUUAAGUGAAUUAUGUUUAACUAAUGAUAAUAUUGAAAAUGUUAAAAUUCAAUUCAUUAGAUUAUCUUCAAAUUUGCAACCAAUUUUAGAAGAUUUGAAUGAAUUGAAUAAGCUCAAUCAAGUUAUUGAGAAAUUAAAUCAAUUUAAACAAACUGAAACUUCAAGUAUUAUUCAUACUGAAUUAAGUAAAUUUUUUACAUAAUUACAUAGAAUUAAAUAUAAUUUUAAAGGUUACACUAUAAUAGUGUAAAGGAAAAUAUAUUAAUUAGAUAGCAAAAAGCUCACUAUAUAUUAUUUAAAACAUCAACCAUGUAACUUUUUUCCAACCUUUAAAAAAAAUUAGCUUUCACCUAA